AUGAAGAAAUCGGCUGUGCGGAAAAAUACUCUCCAUCACAAAACGCUUUUGCGACGGAGGAAUAAUGUUCUCGGAUCAGCGAAACUGAUACAACAGUUCGAUGAUCAAUAUGACCCUGAAACGCAAGUGAAUCAAAUAUCGUUACGGAUCGCUCGUCUCGAUGAACUGUGGACAACAUUUGAAAGUGUGCAAGAUGAAAUUGAAGUGAUCGAAGACGAACAAGAAGAUUUCGCGGAGUGCCGGCAAGAAUUUAAUGACAUGUAUUUCGCGUUAAAAGCUUCGCUCAGUAGUAAACUCCCUCAAAAUGACGCUUCACCAGUUAAUCCCGUGCCUCAAGCUGCCCAUCAGGGCGCUCAGUCGGUUCCGCAAAUUAUGGUAGUAAAACUUCCCGAACUGAUGAUGCCAGAGUUUGACGGUCAACCUGAACAAUGGAUUCAGUUUCGCGACUUAUUUAAAUCCGUAAUUCAUUCCAAUGUGCAAAUAUCGGCUGUGCAAAAAUUACAUUAUUUGCGCAGUUGCUUGAAAGGCGAUGCUUCUCGUCUGAUUUCGUCUAUUACUAUCUCCGCGGACAAUUAUACAAUAGCAUGGAAGACUAUCUGUGACCGAUUCGAAAAUGCGAACUAUUUAGUGAAGCAGCACAUGUCUGCGUUAUUCCGCGUACCCUCCGUGCGAAAGGGAUCUGCGUCGGCUUUGUCUGAAGUGGCCGACGAGUUUAACCGCCAUGUUGGAAUUCUUGACAAGCUUGAGGAUAGGGAAGCUCAUUGGAACUCAUUUCUAGUUGAGCGGCUAAGCAGCCUACUCGACGAUAAAUCUCUCCUUGAGUGGGAAAAUCAGUGUAAAGAAGAAGAAGUUCCUCAAUAUGCCGUGUUGCUUGAGUUCAUUCGAAAGAGAUCGCGUACAUUACAAAAGUGCAUUACAGUAUGUGGUACUCCGUCGGGCACACAAAUGAAACCGGUAAAACCUAAAACCACCUCCUCUCACGUUGCUUCCGAAAAUGUAGUGAAAUGUCCGAGCUGGAAACAAGCUCACCCGUUGAUCCAAUGUGAGACUUUCAUCAAGUUGAGCCCGUACGAUCGACUUGAGUUUGCCAAAAAACAUCGCUUGUGUGUUAACUGUUUGAGAGGUGGUCAUAGGUCUCGGGAUUGUCGUAGUAGUUUGUGUAGAACGUGUGACAAAAGACAUCAUAGUAUGUUGCAUUUACCAAUGCGAUCUUCUACGGCAGCAAUUGUCGCUUCCCCGAGUGAAGAACAAUCACCGAACACUUCCCAAGCGUGCACAGCUAUUUGUUCUGCACCAACCACUACAUCUCAAGCUGAGAUUUCGUAUUCGGUCGCGAACACACCACCGGUGGUGUUCACACGUUCUUUACCCCAGGCCGUCGGGUCGCUUUCGCACACCACGUCGCCUGUCGCCGCGAUCGAUGGCCCCCCCUCUCCGUCGUCGGUUGUAUCGUACGAUCGAAAUGAUUCAGAGCCGCUUCCAUACUGCCCCCAGCUGCCUGCUACAUCGUUAACGCAGGCGAACACUAGCUUUGAAAGUAUUGUAUUUCUAUCUACAGCUGUCGUUCGAGUUCGAGAUGUGAACAACGUGUACCACUACGCACGUGCUUUAUUGGAUAGUGGUUCUCAAUCGAACUUUGUGUCGGAAUCACUUUGUCAGAGACUCGGCCUCAAACGUACUCGAAUUAAUCUCCCUGUUAGUGGUAUAGGGCAAGCAACCGUAAAUGUGCAUUAUAAAGUAAAUAUCGCCCUAUCAUCACGUUUUGGAGGUUUCGAACAACAAAUAGAUUGCUUGGUCCUACCAAGGUUAACCGUUAGCCUCCCUAGUCGUAGUAUUGAUAUAUCUCGAUGGGCGAUUCCGCGUAAUUUACCAUUAGCUGAUCCGAGAUUUAAUAUUUCCCACGGAGUCGAUCUCAUUGUUGGAGCGGAAUUGUUUUAUACUUUGCUUGCAUCCCAAAAAUUAACCCUUACUGACGGAUAUCCUAUUUUGCAGAAGACCGUUUUGGGAUACGUGGUGUCUGGGAAAGGCAGCUCUCAAGCGAUGGAUACGGUGGUGUGUCACGUCGCUACUGACCAAGAUCUCAACGUCCAACUGGAACGGAUGUGGGAGGUCGACGAUUUCGAUGUGGGACGAGCGCUAACGCAGGACGAGCAAUAUGUGGAAGACCAUUUUAAGCGCACGGUAUCGCGUGAUGAAACCGCACGUUACAUUGUGCGAUUGCCGCUUAGAGAAUCACGUGUCCCUCUACUUGGCGAUUCCUACAAGGCUGCUGUGAACAGAUUUUCGAUCAUGGAGAGGCGCUUCGCCAAGGAUAACGAGCUACGUGAGGAGUAUACACGCUUUAUGGAGGAAUAUCUAAAGCUGGGGCAUGUGGAAGAGUGUUCUUGCGUCGCGGGCCCGCAGUUUUACCUUCCGCAUCAUGCUGUUCGACGACCCGAAAGCACGACAACAAAAACCCGGGUCGUCUUCGACGCAAGCAGUAAAUCACACGGUCAAUUGUCGCUGAACGAAAUUCUUUUCGCUGGUCCAACGGUACAACCAGCCUUGCUCGUUGUUAUACUAAAUUUCCGGUGCCCCCAGUACGUGUUCGCCGCCGACGCCGAGAAAAUGUUUCGGCAAACAUGGGUGCAUCCGGACGAUCGGAGAUUCCUGUCGAUUUUAUGGCGUUCGGAUCCAUGCCUAGCGUUGAAACAUUAUCACUUGAAGACCGUUACAUACGGAUUAGCCUGUUCUCCGUAUCAAGCUGCCCGCGUAUUGAACCAGCCAGCUGAAGAUGAUGGGGAUCAACAUCCACUAGCCGCACCAGUAGUUAAACAUCGUUUCUAUGUGGAUGAUGCCCUUGCCGGAGGUGAUGAUUUGGAGGAGGUCGCGGAGACUUGUCGUCAGCUACGAGAGCUUCUAAGCGACGGAGGAUUUACCCUUCGUAAAUGGUAUGCCAACGAUCCGAACGUGUUGCGUCAUAUUCCCAGCGAGCUCUGCGGAACUACUGGUCCGACGGAAAUUGGACGUGAUCCAGUAACGAAGGCGCUAGGACUGUUUUGGAACCCAAGCUCAGAUCAGCUUAGCUUUCAAGUUCCCAACUUGGGGACCUUGCCUGUUGUUACCAAGCGAGCCGUGGUGUCUGAAAUGUCGAGGCUCUUUGACCCACUAGGACUUUUAGGACCGGUAGUCAUCAGUGCACGAAUAUUCGUCCAAGGAUUGUGGGCUAGACGGUUAGCUUGGGAUGAAGCUUUACCCGAUCAAGACAGCCAGUGGUGGCAAGGAUUUCGUGAUGAAUUGGCUCACCUGAAGAAAAUUUCCAUUCCGCGACGCGUGGUUCCCAAUUCGCGUCAGGAUUACCAGCUGCAUUGUUUUUGCGACGCGUCGUCGAAGGGCUACGGAUGCAAUGUGUAUGUGGUCGGACUGAAUAUUGAAGGGAACAUCGAAAGCAAGCUGCUGAUCUCCAAGUCACGAGUCGCCCCUCUACGUGGCCUCUCCAUUCCAAGGUUGGAACUAUGUGCGGCCGUGCUUGGUAGCCAACUGAUUCAUAACCUACGUACAACUACGGACUUCGUUGGUUCUGUCGUAUUUUGGUCGGACAGCACAGUCGUGUUGCACUGGAUCUGGUCCCCACCGAAUGAGUGGAAAGUUUUUGUCUCUAAUCGGGUAGCAGAAGUUCAACGUCUUACUCGAGGCCUACCCUGGAAUCAUGUCUCGUCCGAGUUAAACCCCGCGGAUGCUAUAUCCCGCGGUAUAAAUCCAAUCCAAAUCAUCGAUAAUUCAUUAUGGUGGCAUGGGCCGCCGUUCUUAACGCAGCCAGUUGAAACUUGGCCAAAAUUUCCACGAGCUCUACAGAUUAUCGACCCGCCUGGAGUUUUGUCGUGGCUGAUCGUCCCGUUUCCCGCUUGUUGGUGUUGGAUCUACGAUUGCUGUUUGGCCUACUGUUUCCGGGGUUCAAUUAAGCCGAUUGGACCUAGACGUGCUGUUGCUGUCGAUCUGUUGACCUGGAAUUUCCUGGUGUUGUCUGGCCUGGUUUGUAGCUGA